AUGGCAUUUCGCUGCUUACCGAUUGCGACUCGGGAGCUGUUUGAAACUACGGUUACCAGUCCGGGUGAUUACCCGACUAUUGAGGCAUUAUUGAAUUGCGUUCAGUCUCGAGUGUCCACGUUGGAAAUAAUUGGUGAUUCAAGAUCAGGAAACGCUGGUUCACAGGCGAAGUCGUCUCGUCCAUCAAACCGUAAGGGAGAUCGUCCCAGUAAUUCCGGUCAUCAACAUGCUGCGUCAUUGCUCACAACCAAGCCUGAACGAUCUUGUCCGUGUUGCAAGGCAAGCCAUAGUCUGGACUCAUGCGGCCAAUUCUUGUCAUUGGCAGUCGAUGAACGUAGUAACUGGAUGCGUGAGAAUAGUUUGUGUUUCAAUUGUUUUAGUGAUUCUCAUUGGUCGAACAAGUGUCGUUCAAAACCAAGCUGCAAGCAAUGUUCACGGAAUCAUCACACCUUGUUACACAUGGGUGGACGCAACACUAAGGAAAAGGUUUCCGAACCCAAAGCGAAGUCGUCUUUGUGUGCUUCUCACCUGACGCCCACCGCUUCUACAUCAUGUUCAGUAAUGUUGGGGACAGCGCUUGUUCACGUGCGAGACCGUUCCGGCACGUGGCAGACGGUGCAUGCACUUGUCGAUUGUGCUUCGCAAAUAAGUGCUGUUACGGUAUCAUGUGCUGACCGUCUUGGUUUGAAACGUACUCGCUGGACUGCGCCUGUUACUGGUUUAGCUGGACAUCCUGUUACCAGUGUAAUGGGCCGAGUUGACUGUAUUGUCCAGCCACGGUUUGCGCCUGAACCAUCGCUGUCGAUUCGAGCCUGGGUGUUACCAUCUAUCACCGGAGAUAUGCCACACAAAACAUUGCAUUCGACGAUUAAGGAUAAGUUUUCAAACCUCGCCCUGGCUGACCCUUCGUUCAAUGUCGCAUCCAGUGUGGAUAUGCUGCUGGGUGCUGAUGUAUACGCCACCAUUAUGAAUGGUCACAAAAUUGACGUUGGUGCUUCUCUGCCUUCGGCAUUCAAUUCUGUCUUUGGCUGGAUUUUAAUUGGUCCUGUUCCAAAUACGAACGUCGAGCCACUUCAUGCUCUCCCAGUUUCGCUCACCCUAUCCAUUGAAGAGCAAAUGAAUAAAUUUUGGGACAUCGAAGAACCCGAAGCUGCUCCAGAUGUGUUCACUGAGGAAGGAAAGUGUGAAUCCAUAUUCAGGAACGAGUGUAUCCGGCUACCAUCUGGCAGGUUCUCUGUGCCUUUACCGUUCCGAUCGCAUGUAUUACCCACGACAUUUGCUGGCUCUCGAUUAAUGGCGGUCAAGCGUUUUGAGUCUUUGGAGAGGAAGCUAUUGGCCAAUCCACAGUUGCAGACGCUGUACAAGGAAUUUAUGGACGAGUAUUUAGCAUUGGGCCAUAUGUCUAUCGCGCCCACACCAGGUCAUUACUUUGUCCCUCAUCAUGCAAUUUACAAGGCAGAUGAUGGUGACGCCAAGAUCCGUGUGGUGUUUGACGCGUCUGCACGAUGUUCAACCGGACCGUCGUUAAACAGCUGUCUGCUUCCAGGGAAGAAGCUACAGCAGGACAUAAUUGAUGUCUUAACGCGAUUCCGCAUACAUCAACAUGCAUUCACGGCGGACAUCUGCAAGAUGUAUCGUCAAAUCCAGGUGCUACCAGAGUACCGCAAGUACCAGCAUAUCUUAUGGCGGUCAUCUCCGCAUGACCAGCUGGUCGAGUACCAGUUGAACACGGUGACAUAUGGAGUUACGUGUGCUCCAUUCCUGGCUAUACGUGUGCUCCACGCUAUUGCUGAAACCGAUUGCACUGACGCCGAUCAGGUCCGUGAUGCCUUGUUGUACCAGACUUACGUUGAUGAUAUCUGCGUCGGAUCGGAUUCUGUUGAAAGUGCUUUGGAGUUACAAUCGUCCUUGCAGUUUAUCCUCGCAAAAUCCGGGCUCGAGCUUAAAAAAUGGUCUAGCAACACUCCGGAUAUUUUAUCGUCUGUACCUGCAUCUGAUCGGGUAUGCACGCCAUUACCAUUUAAUGACUCCGAAGAUGGUGGAACUAAAGUACUUGGGUUGCAAUGGAACCCUAACAAUGAUUUUUUUAGCUGUGCAUUGCGCUUUCAACCGUCUCCAACAUUCACUAAGCGGGGCGUGUUAUCACUUGUCGCCAGGAUAUUCGACCCAUUGGGGUUGUUCGGCCCUACAGUGUUUUGGGCAAAAUGCAUCAUGCAGCGGACCUGGCAACUAGGAUUGGAGUGGGACGAUCCACUGCCUCCUGACAUCCACGCUGAUUGGUCCUCGUUUUUGUCUGAUCUUCCUACGUUGUCAACGAUUCGAGUAGCACGCCACUUUGGCACAUUUAAACAAUCGGCAUGCUAUCUGAUGGGAUUCUGUGACGCUUCACAGCUUGGAUAUGCCGCGGUCGUAUAUGUGUUGGUAGCCAACUCAUCGGGUGAUCAACCUGCCAUUCUCGUGGGAUCGAAGACUAAGCUUGCUCUUAUGAAGCCGUUAAGCAUACCACGAUUAGAGCUGAACGCCGCUCUGUUACUCGCGCGUUGGCUUGGGCGUAUCAAGCAAACGCUAGAUCCUCAUAUCAAGAUUGUAGGGACAUAUGGUUGGACUGACUCUAUGAUAGUUUUGUCCUGGUUAACUGUGCCUCAUACCUCAUUCAAGGUAUAUGUGUCCAAUCGUAUCCAUCAGAUACGCACCAUAUUGCCUGACUGUCAAUGGAGCCACAUUGAGUCGACAAACAAUCCUGCCGAUUGUGCGUCAAGAGGAGUAAUGCCUUCAGAACUCACGAAGCUAUCCCUCUAUUGGCAAGGCCCUGCAAUCCUUCGGGCCAAUCCGUCAACGUGGAUAAGACUCGUUGCACCCAUUCCAUUGUGCAGUCUACCUGAAGUGUUGCCAGUAGCGCUUACAACUCAAAUCAACCGGCAGGACUGGCCUGAAGAAUGGUUCAAUCGUUUUUCAUCUUAUGACCGCAUGAUUCGCGUCACCACUCUGAUGCACCGUUUCAUCAACCACUGCCGCCGUACCAAGUUUGAACCAUCUCCUACGCUGUGUCUAAAUGUUACUGAAGUUGACUGCGCGACUCGUAGUAUUAUUAGAGAGUCUCAGAGUAUCCAUUUCUGCACUCUAUUAAGCGAGUUAUCAACUGGUCGCAGAGUCUCGUCGAAGCCGUUAGCUCGUUUGGCACCGUUCGUUGACGAUGUUGGAAUCAUCAGAGUCGGUGGUCGCCUUCGUCAUUCCACUCUGUCAUACGGUUGCAAACACCCGAUUCUAAUUGCUAAGCGCUCCCAUUUAGCACUGUUGAUUUGUCGUCGGUGGCAUCGCCUAACGUGCCACUCCGGCCCCCGUGUCAUGAUAUCACUUAUUUUGCGACAAUAUUGGAUCGUCGCCAUUCGUUCGGUUGCACAUGAUGUGUUGAGACAUUGUUCCGUAUGCGUGCGACUAACAGCAAAACCUCCUCAACCUUUGAUGGCGGACCUUCCUGCUGCACGCGUGCAACAAUUUCGUCCAUUCGCCCGAGUCGGCGUGGACUAUGCUGGUCCCCUUCAAAUGCGAGAAUUGAAACUUCGGAAAUCCCGUAUUUAUAAGGUGUAUAUUGCCGUGUUUGUCUGCUUCUCUGUAAAAGCGGUUCACCUUGAAUUGGUGUCGGACCUGUCAACUGAUGCAUUCUUAGCAGCAUUUGACCGUUUUGUCGGUCGUCGUGGACUCCCCUGUGAAAUCUUUUCUGAUUGCGGAACUAACUUCAUUGGUGCCGACAAGCAAUUGCAAGCGCUUAUUACCAGCCCUCAAGGUCAGCUCGCUAUUACUACCAAUUCUCGUCCAAAUUGCAAAUGGCAUUUCAAUCCGCCCAGUGCUCCGCACUUCGGUGGGUUAUGGGAGGCGGCUGUCCGGUCGACAAAGCGACUGUUGGUUCGUACAAUGAGCUCCCAUGUCUUCACCUACGAAGAAUUCACCACGGUCUUGAUCCGCAUCGAAGCCGUCCUCAAUUCUCGACCAUUGACGCCGGCAUCAACAGACCCUCAUGACUUGGAGUGUCUCACGCCUGGUCACUUCCUCAUUGGGCAACCGUUGCUAGCCGUUCCACCUCGAUCCAAUCCAGACACUACCCGAAACUUGACCAACCGAUGGAAGUUGCUAGAUCAAUGCCACCAAGCUUUUUGGAAGCGUUGGUCAACAGAGUAUUUGACAACUCUUCAAGAACGUGUCAAAUGGACAGAUAGAGUCCCUAACCUAAAAGUCAACGACAUGGUUGUCGUGGUUGACAACCAAGCACCACCAUUAUCAUGGCGUCUUGGGCGCAUCAUGGAACUCGUGCCAGGACCCGAUGGAACAGUGCGCGUAGCGUCGGUGUUAACGCCUCAAGGACGUAUCACACGACCGGUAGUUAAGUUGGUUGUGUUACCGACUGACUAA